AAGAACAUAUGAUGUUCACUAAGUUAGCAUUGAGAAAACUCUACCAUCAAAGUUCCUCCUUCACAAGUCUUUUUCCAACAUCACUUCUUAAGCCCUGCAAAUCAAUCAUCCCCACUACAACCAUGAAUAACACCAAAAAUCGACUCAUAAUUGAUCAUAGUCACCAUAUUAUGUAUAUGAUUUUGUUAUUUGGUCUACUUCUUAUUUCCAUUUUCUUGACUUCUCCAACCAACACCCCCUCCUCCUUCCCUUUGCAACUCUCAAUUUUUAACCCCUCAAAACCGUUACAUGAGACAGUGUAUUAUAAAGAUGAUCUUGAACGAGCAUUGACGGGAGCGUCAACGGAGAACAAAACGGUAAUAAUAACAAUUGUAAAUAAAGCAUACGUAGAAGGAGAUAAGGCAAUGCUAGAUCUAUUCUUGGAUGGUUUUUGGCAUGGAGAAGGGACUAGGGAAUUAGUGAAUCACCUUUUGAUUGUUUCGAUGGAUCAAACCUCUUAUGAACGUUGUAAAUUUCUACACCUUCAUUGUUACAAGCUCGAAACGGACGGUGUGGAUUUUGGAGGAGAAAAAAUGUUCAUGUCUCAAGAUUUUAUCAAGAUGAUGUGGAGAAGAACAUUGUUCUUGAGUGAUGUUCUUAAGCGAGGUUACAACUUCAUCUUUACGGACACUGAUGUGCUAUGGCUUAGGAAUCCAUUUCCAAACUUGUACUCAAAUCAAAGCAUAGACCUUCAAAUCAGUACAGACAAGUUCAACGGAAGUCAAUGGUCUGAAGAAAACCCAAUAAACACAGGCUUCUACAUGAUCAAAUCAAAUACCAAAACCAUAGCAUUGUUGGAUGCUUGGUAUGCUGGGAAAGACAAUGCCACAGGAUGGAAAGAACAAGAUGUUUUGAUAAAGUUAAUGAAAGAUGGAAUGUUCAAACAAUUGGGGCUUAGUGUUAGGUUCUUGGACACCCUUUAUUUCAGCGGCUUUUGUGACGAUAGUAAAGAUGUUAACGUUGUUGCUACCGUUCAUGCCAAUUGUUGUCGGAGUAUAAGUGCCAAGUUGGCUGAUCUAACGGCUCUCCUUCAUCAUUGGACAAGAAUUAACAACGCUCCACCUGCGAAUCAGGCAUCGACACCUGGAUGGACUCAGCAUAUGAAUUGUUGGGAUUCUUGGAAAAUUUAAUGGAAAUUUUAGGCCUCAUUAUACUAUAGAGCUGUUAAAAUGGGUUUGGCCCGUGAUACCGAUCUAAUUCAAACCUUGAACUAAGUAGGAUUGAGCUAAAUUUUUUCAGUCUAUUUAAGAACGAGGUUUUUUAGCCCAACUUCAUUUGGCCCGCUAGCCUCAUAGGUUCAACCCGGAUGCCUUAGAGGUCAGCCCGUGAGUAGUGAAUUUUAAAAAUAUUUAUUAUAUAUAUUUUAAAUAGUGUUUUAUUUUGCCAAAUCUUCAGUAAUUAGGCAAUUGAAGUUAUUAUAACUAUAAAUCUU